AUGUCACAAACUCCUUCUCCUGACCCUCUGGAGCUGAGUCGAGAAAAGUCUGGCGACGACUACAGUUUCGAUGGUCUGACAGGGUGGCGAAAAUAUCGUGUCUUGCGGCCGGGUCGAGGCAUGUACCAUGACGUCAAGCGACGUUUGCCAUACUAUCCGAGCGACAUUACAGAUGCGUUGACUUACCGGGUCAUUGCAAGCACGAUACGGAUGUACUUCGUCAAUCUUCUCCCAGCUAUAGCAUUCACACUCGACAUGUACCGGCGGACCGGCGAGUUCUACGGUAUUAACGAGGCUCUGUUUUCUUCCGCACUCGCUGCAAUGGUAUUCAGCAUUCUGGGCGCGCAGCCCCUUACCAUCGUUGGCAUCACUGGUCUGAUUGGGCUUUUCAACUACACAAUCUACGACAUUGUAGUGAUCUACGACGCUUCAGUCUACCCGCAGGUCAUGGCUUGGACCGGUAUUUGGGCCGCUGUCUUCCAUUGGAUGGUGUCUUUCUGGAACCUCUGCGAUUACAUGCGGUAUGUCACGGACUUUUCCAGCCAGUCUUUCGGCAUGUACGUGGGAAUCAUCUACAUCAUCAAGGGUGUUGAAGAACUCAUCAACGAAUUUACCUACGGCAGCAGAGCUGGCUUCCUUGGUUGCGUCAUAGCAAUGCUCUAUUUCGGAACCAUCUACGGUCUCGAGAAGCUAGGUGGUAGCACUGUCUUUAAGCCUUGGUUCCGUGGCAUACUUGCUGAUUACGCCUAUGUGAUUGGCACCCUCUUCUGGGUCGGCUUCUCUCACAUCCCCGGUACUCUCAAGGACACAGAUCUCAGCUAUGUUCCAGUCGUCCGAGCCUUUCAUCCCACUCAACCGCGGAGUUGGCUGAUAGAUUUCUGGAAUCUCAAUGCCACCUGGGUCUUUGUGUCCCUACCCUUCGGCUUCCUGGUCAUGUUACUCUUCUAUUACGACCACAACGUCAGCAGCCUUACCGCGCAAGCGCGCCAGUACCCUCUCAAGAAGCCGGGCGGGUUCCACUGGGACUUCUUCCUGCUCGGCUGUACCACGUUUGUCGCUGGUCUACUCGGCUUACAGUUGCCGAACGGCUUGGUACCGCAGGCGCCUGUGCACACGGAUUCUCUGACCGUGUACGAGACCGAGCUCAAGAUCAUCUCAACGGAAGAAGGGGAAGGUGCGGAGAUCAGGAGACCGAUCGUCAGGGCCGUCGCCGUCGUCGAGCAACGCCUCUCCCAUUUCCUCAUGGGUCUUGCGAUUAUUGGAACGAUGACCGGGCCGCUGCUCACUGUGCUCCGUACAAUGCCUGCUGCAGUGUUCGCGGGUGUCUUCUUCGUUGUUGGAUGGGGCGCAAUCGAGUCCAACGGGAUGCUCGAGAAACUCAUCUUCCUGAUGUCCGAGGAUCGCUUCAUACAGCGCGAUGAGCCGCUCCUGACGAUACAGAAGCGCAAGAUUUGGAUGUGGAUUGGUAUCCAAGCUGUCGGCGUAGCGGUCACAGUAGCGAUCUCGCAGACUAUCGCCGCCAUAGGCUUUCCCGUCCUCAUCACAGCACUGAUACCGCUACGGACAGCCGUCUUGCCUAAGAUCUUCUCAAGAAAAGAGCUUCAGGUGAUGGACGACCUGACCGCCAACAGCGAGACGGUCCUCGCCAGUCUCGGUGGUGCCCCCACACUUCCAGAGAAUAUACGUGCUGAUGAGUAUGGGCUUGAGCGCCGCUAUUCUGAGAGUAGACGAGGUGUGUCAAGGCAGCGGUCGGGAAGCCUGUAUCAAUAG